CUCCGCCCACUUCAACGACUGUUCGUUCCUUGUUUGCAUUUGUGCUGACUUCUCUACUCACAACGAUCUACUUUUUGGUGAUUUAGUCAUGUCUUUGGAGGUGGAAUCAGCAGAGUAAGUACUCUAGCUAUACAUAUUUGCACAACUGUAAAUGCCUGUAUGAUGUGUUUAUUUAUUAUUGUUCACGUGGCAGCUCUAAACUCAGUUGAGGCCUACCUCAACCUGCAAGCAGCUUGUAUCCAGUUAGCUAGUUACCUAAGCUAACAUAACUUGCCUGCUAGCUAGCUAUGUUUCAUUGGCAAGCGUUGAUGUUUUUGUACCUACCAUUGGUCUUUUUAAUUUAGCUAUGUAUUGAUAGUAUUGCAGCCAUAUAGUCUUAGCUAGCUAAUAUUAACGUUCGCUAAUUUAGGCGUUCUGACAGGCUAACGUUAGCUAGCUAACUGGCUUGCAAGCGAACAAGAAGACCGAACUUGUCUUCAUCAAGGCACGUCAUGUUUUGAUGCGAGUCUACCAUGAUUUUGCAGCGUGAUUCGUCUGAUAAUGCAGUACCUGAAAGAGAACAAUCUGCACCGGACAUUGACCACCCUGCAGGAAGAGACCACCGUGUCUUUGAACACUGUGGACAGUAUCGAGAGUUUUGUGGCAGACAUCAACAGUGGCCAUUGGGAUACUGUGCUGCAAGCUAUCCAGUCCCUCAAGCUCCCUGACAAGACUUUGAUAGACUUGUAUGAACAGGUAAGAAGUUGCCGUGAAUCGGGAUGGUAUGUUGUAUUUGGAAUUCGUAUGCACCAGAACUUUAUUUUCUAGCUAGCUCUGUUAUGUCUAUGUUCUGUAAAAUGGAGAGUUCUAAUGCGUUUGUGUGCCCCCCUAGGUGGUGUUGGAGCUCAUUGAGUUGAGAGAGUUGGGAGCAGCCAGGUCUUUGCUAAGGCAAACAGACCCCAUGAUCAUGCUGAAGCAGACGCAACCAGAGAGGUACAUUCACCUGGAGAACCUGCUGGCUCGUUCCUACUUUGACCCCAGAGAGGUGAGUUGACGUCUCCUAACAUCACUCCCUGUAUAGAGGAGAUAUAACUCAGUAUGAACUAUUUUCCAGGUUGUCUGGUUAUGUCUGUGCAUCUAUUGUAUGCCUGAACAUCUCUAAUUGAACACCAAAAAUAACCUUAACUCGUGUUCUCCUGAAAUAAAGCAUAAAUAAAUGUCCUAUAGAGUUUUGACUUUGGCAUUUGUGUAUAUUUGUUCCGUUGCCACUCAGGAAUGACUUGUGUGUUUUGUUAUGGGUUCAGAGUUCCUGCAGUCUUGUGUUUGUGUCAUUGCUCAGUGUCUGUGUGCUCUCCUCCCUGUGUCCUCCAGGCCUACCCAGACGGCAGCAGUAAGGAGAAGCGACGCGUGGCCAUCGCCCAGGCCCUGGCCGGGGAGGUCAGCGUGGUGCCCCCCUCCCGUCUCAUGGCCCUGCUGGGACAGGUGGGUGACAUGUUCCUAUACACCUGGCCACCCAUACGGUCUUUCCAAGUUAAUUCAGCACAUAAAGUCUGAUCUACGACCAGGCUAAUAUUAUGUUGCAGCAGCAGAUUAGUAUUUUAACCACCAUCUCUCUCUCAGUCCCUAAAAUGGCAGCAGCACCAGGGUCUCCUGCCCCCAGGUAUGACCAUUGACCUGUUCAGGGGCAAGGCAGCCGUGAAGGACGUGGAGGAGGAGCGCUUCCCAACACAGCUCACUAGACAUAUCAAGGUACUGUAUGUCCAGCUAUGGUAUUGCCAGUGUUUAUUAGUAAGGAUGGUUUUGAUGCUGUCCCUUGGCCAUGGCUUUCUUACAACAGAGAUUCCUGUGUAUCAAUGGUACUGGCUUGGUUAUGUAACAUUUAAUCAAAUGAUGCAUAAAACACAAUGCAUGAAAACAAGAACGAGGAGUGCUGCUUGGGUGUCGUCAUAAUGCAGUGUUAUUCUUACUAGUUUGGGCAGAAGUCCCACGUGGAGUGUUCCCGCUUCUCCCCUGAUGGUCAGUACUUGGUCACAGGAUCAGUGGAUGGUUUCAUCGAGGUCUGGAACUUCACCACUGGCAAAAUCAGAAAGGUGCGUGUGCGAUCUAACACAAAAUGAUACUGUGAUUUGUGGCAAUUUUGGAAAUAGACUGGAUUUCAAUUUAUGGUGUUUUCAAAAUACCCUUUUACUGCCUUGCAAGCGUUUUAAUAAAAUGACCUAAUUAAGUGUGUGUGUGUGUGUGAUAGGAUCUGAAGUACCAGGCGCAGGAUAACUUCAUGAUGAUGGACGAUGCAGUGCUUUGUAUGUGCUUCAGUAGGGACACAGAGAUGCUGGCCACAGGGGCCCAGGAUGGCAAAAUAAAGGUCUGUACUGACACUAUAGGGAUGUCACUUUUCCCUCAACUUUUAAUGUUCAAACUCUUCCAUUGGGUUGAGUGGAUACUCACACUACCUUCCCUACCUCGUCUUUCCUCUGACAGGUGUGGAAGAUCCAGAGUGGUCAGUGCUUGCGGCGCUUUGAGCGUGCCCACAGUAAAGGUGUCACCUGCCUCAGUUUCUGCAAGGACAGCAGCCAGCUGCUCAGUGCCUCCUUUGACCAGACCAUCAGGUGACCUGCACACAUGAAUCUCUUUCUCUCAUGUUUUCUCUCUUUGUUUUUUCUGCAUAUAGAACAGUGGUCACAAAGGAACCAUAACUGUUAUGUUUAUGCGUUCCACAGGGUUCACGGAUUGAAGUCGGGCAAGUCGCUGAAAGAGUUCCGCGGACACUCCUCUUUUGUUAAUGAAGCAACAUUCACACCUGAUGGCCACCAUAUCAUCAGCGCUUCCUCUGACGGCACUGUGAAGGUAUGAACCCCCACUCUGCAAAAGGCUGCUAGAAGCCAACUGUCCCAUAAUAAGUAAAAAAAAGGUAUUUGCAUCAGAUACUGUAUUUUGACUUGUCUCCACCCCUACCAGAUUGUCCAAUUCAUGGGAUGCCCGGUGUACCUGCAUUUCCAGGAGAAUAUACGUUAAUGAAUUUUGAUUAACACUUGUGUGUGAAUAUCCUGUCAGGUGUGGAACAUGAAGACCACAGAAUGCACCAACACCUUCAAGUCCCUGGGCACCUCGGCCGGCACCGACAUCACAGUCAACAACGUCAUCCUGCUGCCCAAGAACCCAGAGCACUUUGUGGUGUGCAACCGCUCCAACACCGUUGUCAUCAUGAACAUGCAGGGCCAGGUCAGGACUCAACUUGACCACUUAUGGUCUUUUUUAAUUGAAAUAAAUGAGUAUUCGUUUUGAAUAUUUUAAAAAUAUUUGUUUGACCUUAUUCCCUCUGUCCUCCAGAUUGUGAGGAGUUUCAGCUCUGGUAAGAGGGAGGGAGGAGACUUUGUCUGCUGUACGCUGUCUCCCCGUGGCGAGUGGAUCUACUGUGUAGGAGAGGACUUUGUGCUCUACUGCUUUAGCACAGUCACCGGCAAGCUGGAGAGAACCCUGACAGUAUGUUUAUUAAAAUAGGAGUUGUCAAUUCACUUGAAUUAAUUUGUGUGUAGACAAUUUAGUCAGACAGGGUCAGGGAUAAUGCACGUAAAUCAACAUUUCUGUUAGUUCAAUGUAAAAGUGCUAGGAUUGGCUAUAGCCUAAAGCGCGGGUUGGCAACAGGCAUCCCAGAGAGAUUUGUUUUGGGGGCAGGGUCAAUUUGCAGUGUACAAAUUAUAAUUAUGUUCCGGCCCCCCUACGGCUGAAUCUAGUUGCCUGCCCCUGGCCUAAAGGUUGUAUUAGACUUUUGUCUCAUAAGCUCUUGUCUCCCCCAUCCCAGGUCCAUGAGAAGGAUGUGAUUGGCAUCGCCCAUCACCCCCACCAGAACCUCAUCUCCACGUACAGUGAGGAUGGCCUACUCAAGCUCUGGAAACCCUGAGCAUAGACCUCCUUAACCCCACAAGCCCCCUUCCAUCGGCAUGCCAGCUGCUCUUCCCAUGGGAUGCUGCAGUGUUUCCUCUAUCAUCACUUUAGGCGGGACAGGUAGUGACUCCCAUCUAGCUCUUUUGUUCAGGCUAAAAUAUUUUGGCCCCAAUUGAUUCAAAUUGUCAGUCUGUGUUGCUGUUUUGGGGCUCCUGCGCCACGCCUAAGAGAAAGUCUAGCUAGGGGAAACACUGGGGUAUUGGGAGUGCAGGUGUGGGCAUUAGACGUACCUUUUUUUAAUAGAAACGUUUCUUUAUGUAAAUAUAUUUUUUUUAUUUCAUUUUUUUCCAAGAAUGGGUACUUUGCCUCAUUUGUCAGUCAGGUCAGCAAUUACUUUGUGUUACUGCACAGCAAGAAAUAGAAAGGGCUUUCAUUUGUCUCUGGUGAAUGACUCAUGUUGAUUUUUGUAUCCCCGAUCUGAUGAUAUUCCUUUUCAUGUGUUGCUGUGUUCCUAGAUGUGAAAUGCAUGGAUUAUUGCUAUUAUGUAUGGAUUAAGUGUCAGUGGUUGACUGGAUUUACAUUUUACAUGUACUAUUUCUUGUCUGUCCCAUUAAAGAUAUUUGAUCAGGUA